UUUAUAAACAACAAUUCACUCACCAGUCACCACGCGAAUAGGGAAUCGAAGAAGAAACAAACAAACAAACAAACAAAAGAAGAAAAAAUGGCAGAUCAGCUAACCGAUGACCAGAUCUCCGAGUUUAAGGAAGCCUUCAGCCUUUUCGACAAGGACGGAGAUGGCUGCAUCACGACAAAGGAGCUGGGGACAGUCAUGAGAUCGCUUGGUCAGAACCCGACAGAAGCCGAGCUCCAGGACAUGAUCAACGAGGUUGACGCGGACGGCAACGGAACGAUUGAUUUCCCCGAGUUCUUGAACCUGAUGGCCCGCAAGAUGAAAGACACUGACUCCGAGGAAGAGCUCAAGGAAGCCUUCAGGGUCUUCGACAAGGACCAGAACGGUUUCAUCUCCGCCGCUGAGCUCCGCCACGUCAUGACUAACCUCGGUGAGAAGCUCACUGACGAGGAAGUCGAUGAGAUGGUCCGUGAGGCUGACGUCGAUGGUGAUGGCCAGAUCAACUAUGAUGAGUUCGUCAAAGUUAUGAUGGCUAAGUGAGAUUCUUCUUUUUUUACAGACUUUGCUUCCUUUGUGUUUUGUUUUUCUUGAUUCUGACCUUCGUUUUGCUUUGCUUUUUAUUAUUUAUUUGGGUGGUUACUCUGA